AUAUCUAUAUAUAUAUAUAUAUAUAGUCUAUCUGACAUCUGUAAUCUCUAUCUAAAUCUAUAAGCAAUUAUUAUGGCAUCGGGGUCUUCGGGGCGGGUCAACAAUUCGGGUUCGAACGCGUUCGAUUUCGGAUCCGAUGAUAUUCUCUGCUCCUACGAGGAUUACGGCAAUCAGGAUGGGAAUAAUGGAAUCCAUUCCGAUCCUCCCAGCUCGGCUAACUCCGGCAAGGAGUUCAACAAAAGCAGAAUGGCAAGAUCAUCUGUUUUUCCGGCACCCACUUAUGGUACCCCAGAAGAAUCUUCAUUUAAUCAAGGUGUUAUCUCAACGGUGGAAAACACCAUGAAGAAGCACACUGACAAUCUGAUGCGCUUUCUUGAGGGGAUUAGCUCACGGCUGUCACAGUUGGAAUUAUACUGUUAUAAUCUUGACAAAUCAAUUGGAGAAAUGCGUUCUGACUUAGUUCGUGAUCAUGGAGAGUCAGAAUCAAAGCUUAAAUCUCUAGAUAAGCAUAUCCAAGAGGUUCACAGGUCAGUGCAGAUCCUAAGAGAUAAGCAGGAACUUGCAGAUACUCAAAAGGAGCUAGCGAAGCUUCACCUUGCACAAAAGGAAUCUGGUUCAGCUACCAAUACUCAACAAAACGAGGAUAGAGCAUCAACACCCAAUUCUGAAGCGAAAAAAGGAGACAACACAUCAGAUUCCCAGCAGUUGGCACUUGCUCUGCCCCACCAAGUAGCUCCACAGCCCUCACUCCCCGCUCGCCCACUUGAGCAUCAGCAGCCUACAAUGGCUAUGGCACCACCCCCAUCAUCAACACAGAGUAUGCCACCACAAGUACAGGGAUACUACAUGCCUCCCCCUCAAAUGACCAAUAUUACGACGGGCCCACCCCAACAACUCCAGACUCAACAAUAUCAAGUUCAAUCACAACAGCCACCUCAGGUGAACCAGAACCAGUCAUUACCUCCAUCGUAUCAGCAGCGUUGGCCUCAGCAGCUACAGCAACAGCAGCCAUCUCAACUUGUUUAUUCAUCCUAUAUGAAUAUGCCUCCUCCUAAUCAGUCAUCAAAUCAGCCUCCUGCACCAGCAGAUAUGCCUCCUACUAAUAAUAAUAGCAUGCCUAUGCAAGUCUCUUUCGUUGGAGCUUCACAGCAACAGCCUUCUUCUGAAGCAGCUAUACCGUAUGGAUACACUAGUAAUCGACCAAUUCAGACACCACCACCACAGCAUCUCAGACAAACUGCAGGUGACGGCUAUGCUCCUAGUGGGCAACCUCGUCCAGCUGGAAAUUCUUACAUGGUUUACGAUGGUGAAGGAGGGAGGGGCCCACAUCAUCCACCGGGCCCACAGUCUCACUUCCAACAAGGUGUUGUUGGUGCUUAUCCUCCGGGCCCGCAGCGUAUGCCUGGUCCCCCUAACAUGGUUGUUCCCCAGUCUAGUAUGCGUAGCCAUCCGUACAAUGAGCUGAUUGAUAAGUUGGUGGCAAUGGGUUACCGGACUGACCAUGUUGUUGGUAUAAUUCAGAGGAUGGAAGAGAGUGGUCAGACUAUUGAUUUCAAUUCCGUUCUUGACAGGUUGAAUGGACACUCUUCUGGAACUUCUCAGAGAGGUGGUUGGUCUACUUAAAGAUUGCAAGUACGAUUUGCGCGUUUCCGUUUCCGUCUUUUAUUAUUAUGUAUUGAAUAAAGGAUAUAAUGAGACCAAGGCUUGGUUUGGUAAAUAGGGACAAAGAGAUGCUUUUUAUUAUCUGUAAUCUCUUUCCCAAUGUUGUUUAUUGCUAGUUCACAGACAUGGUGGUGGUUUGCUAUUUAAUGGAUGUUAAAACCUCGUA